AUGGCUUCCGCAUCUACUAUCGAGUGUCCCAUCAUUCCGAGGAAACAGCUCAUCAAAGUGAAGGAAUUUCCGGCAGCUGUGGGGGGCUAUGGACAGGUUUUUCAGUGCAUAAUGCAGCGGGCAGAGGCGCCAGAGGCUUUGGUGGCCGUCAAGGUCCUGAUACAUGUUUCCAAGAAGCGUGCAUGCCGUGAGAUGAAAUUAUGGAUGGCAGCAAGACAUGAAAAUAUCGUCCCUUUGUUCGGUAUUGCGGAGGGAUUUACAGAAGAGGGCUUCGCCAUGGUCUCUCCCUGGAUGGGAGGCGGGACACUUGCACUCUAUCUCCGGGAUCAUGAAGGAAACAUACCUUGCAGGAAAAAACUGACUUUGAUCAAAGAUGUUACUAUUGGCUUGGCAUAUCUACACUCUCGAAAGAUUGUCCAUGGCGACCUCACAACUACUAAUGUUGUCCUUGAUGAAAGUGGAAAAGCAUUGUUAAUCGACUUCGGGUUAUCGAAUGUGCUUGGCGGCAUGGCUGGUAGUUGCCUCUCACUCUCCGUAGCACGACCAGGGGCAGUGCGAUUUGCUGCACCAGAACUGUUGGGGGCAGAAGAGGCGACAAGCCAACCUACCGGAAUGGAUUCAGCGGUCGACAAUGAGCCGCCGGUAUUAAUACCGAAUGUACCCAGCGACAUUUAUUCUCUUGGCUGUGUAAUGCUUAAUGUCUUCACAGAAAAGCUUCCAUGGUACACCUAUGUCUAUAGUAAUCUAGCUAUUGUCGGGGCUCAUCACGCGAAGAAGUCGAUGCCCUUUCCUUCCCACGACCAUCUUUCUAAAGAGCGCAAACAGUUUAUCUGCAAGUGUACUUCAGUCGAAGUUGGCAGCAGGCCAUCAAGUCAAGAUGCCGUGGUUUUUAUCGAAGAGGAGCUACGUAUUGAAGCUCCCAUCCGGCAGUCAAUGACAAAGGCAUCAAAUAGAGAUAUCCCCACUAUCGUCUUGCACAAGCUAGAUACGGAGAUACCAAGCCACAUCCAAGAACCAAUUGCAAAUGCAGUCGGUUAUUUACAUCCCCGAGGUGACGGCAACACUCCUACCAACACCCCUUCUGCGUCGUCAUACUCAACCUGCUUAACGUCGCAGACAACCCCUUCGGUCACCCUGCACAAGCUGGAUCCGGAGAUACCAAGCCACAUCCAAGAACCAAUCGUAGAUGUAAUCAGUCAUCUACACCCUCAAGGAGACGGCAACUCUCCUUCCGUCUCCCCUUCUCCAUCGUCAUACUCAACCCGCUCAGUGUCGCAACCAGCUGAUGCACAUGAAGGCACCUCUUCACGAAUUGGCAAUACGUCCACCGUGGCGCAGCUAUCACCUCUAUUGUCAACCACCUCGAUGCCAGAUAGCAACGACUCACCUGUCCUCGUCGAUUCGUCGACCAGAAAGUGUACUGUCGUCAUUGCCGGGGCCGUUGGUUCUGGGAAAAGCUCCCUUGUCAAUCUCUUAUCUAGGAAAAGUGUCGCGGGUACAUCGAUCGACGCCGGACGCUGCACGGGAGAGUUGAAGGAAUACCCGAUGUCUUUUCGCGACACCGCAUAUAGGGUGUUUGAUACUGUUGGGUUUGCAUGCAGUAACGGUCCUUCCUCUGUGCCCAAGGAACGGCCAAAGAAGCAUGAAAAACGGCAGAUCGGAGAAAUAUCCGGUCAAGGCAGUAUUGACUUGAUACUGCUUUGCGUGCCGAGUAGAAAUUUUCGUGUGCAAGCGGUGCUCGACAUUCACAACAAAAUCCAGGGCGAAUUGAACGGAAGAAAAGUGCCCGUCGUACUCGUUGUCACUCACUUCGAGGAGCAGCAGCCCAGUCCUGCUACUCAUACUAUCGACAGAUGGUGGUCCGAAAAUUCGUCGACGUUUCGGACUCAACUGAACUCCAUCGCCAAACAUACUUGCAUCACUUUGAGUCACGACAAAUACCUCGAUGAGUCCCGCGAACAUAUCUUCCGGAUCAUGGCGCAGUAUCGCGCCUCCGAUGCAGGAGAGCUGCCGCAGCGGUCGUCUGGAGGUGGCCAUUCUACGUCACCUUUCAGAGCCCUCCUGGACGACGUGGUCCGGGCUCUUCACAUCAAACAACUGUCCGCGCAGGUCCGCGGAGUCGUCACAAGUGGGCUGAGUCUACGACCACGCCCCUCCUGA